AGUAGUGAUUCUGAAACGUUCAUAUACUCAUCUUUCGAAUUUUCCCGGUUACCGCGACGUGAAGUAACACGUUGUUUUCUUGCGUAGAUAAAACGUGCGUUUUGUUCAACAUCAAACAUUUUUCCGAUCAACAAAAGAUACUCUUGAAGAAAUUGAGGUUACAUCAUUAACGAGUAUAUCAAUUGAUUUUUUAAAUUCUCGCGUGAAUCAACCGUUUGGAACGAUAUCCAUUCGUCUCUCCUCUUAUUCUACUGAAAGUGUUACAAGAGACACAAAAAUUUCAAAGUGGAUCGCAAUUUCGAACUUUCUAUUGUUCACAUGAAAUCUGACGAGGAAAUGGGUAGGGAUAAAGCAUCUGGUGCUAUGCAGGUUAAUCAAACGCAUCAUUCGAAAAACAAAGGAGGAGAAAGUAGACGAAUGCUGGAUAUAACAAGAGACAAACCGAUAAAAGUGGCGGUGAGAGUCGUCGUGCCUGUGAGGGAUCAUCCUAAAUUCAACUUUGUUGGAAAACUUUUGGGUCCCAAAGGAAAUUCUCUGAAACGACUGCAGGAAGACACGAUGUGUAAAAUGGCAGUACUUGGAAGAGGAUCAAUGAAGGACAGACACAAGGAAGAAGAGUUACGAGCCAGUGGAGACCCCAAAUUCCAGCAUCUCAGUGAAGAACUACACGUAGAAAUAAGUGCUUUCGCAACACCUGCAGAAGCACAUGCUAGAAUUGCCUAUGCAUUAGCAGAGGUUAGAAGAUUUUUGGUACCGGAUUACAAUGACGACAUAAGACAGGAGCAAAUGUGGGAAAUGCAGGUACUCUCUAAUCAAAAAAACAAUAAAAGUGACGAUUCAAAUGUAGGUGUCACACAAAAUGAGACAGGAGAAGAUAGAUUAAGCGAUGGAGAAACGGGAGAAGCCAAUAAUUCGUUUGGAGUUCAUUUGCAGAAUUCAAAAGACGACACUGAACAUCCAGCAAUGAGAGGUAUUCAAACAGGAAUUGCCCCUACAGCUAUUUCAACCGACAUAUUAGCUCCCAUAAAUGGUACAGCACAACAGUCACCAACAUCUGCUGAAGCAGCUGGUGCUUCCGUAUGUCCAGUAGCUGCUGCCGCUGCUUUGGGCACCCGCAAAAGGCCACUUUUGGCAGGAGGACCACGAACAUCAAUGACUCCUACUAAAAGAACAGUAAUGAGCCUCUUAGCUAGAGCACGAGCAGCACAAGCAAAACAGUUGCCUGGAGUUACUGGUACUACUGCAUUUGCAAGAGGAGUUUCAGUAUUUGACGAACGUGCACCAACCCUUGUUCCACUUCUAAGGGAGGAUUACAUGAGCGCAGUUAAUCUGAACCUAAUUUAAGAUCAACUUUCUCUUUGUACUGCUAAUCCUUAGAACAUUCUGUAGCAUUGUAAUGCAGUGGCUCAAGUGGAUCAUGAUUAUGAACUGGGUUUAUUUUCGUGUUAACUACAAGUAAAAUUAGAAAUAAUAUGUCCAAUUCAUGUUUUCUCUUAUUUAAUGAAAAAGUUUUAGUAAUAAAUAUCGGAUAAAACAUUGAUGAAGAGGAUUGGUAGAGUAUUAUAUAAACUCCUGAAAUUACAAUAUUUUCGAUUUAAUCACUAAGAAGUAUCACCUGAACCAGAAUAUGCUACAAAUGAUUUGUAAAUUUAUACUCUAUUCGUUUUAGGACAGAAAAAAAGUAGAGGUAUUUACUGAUGUUGAAUUUAUUACUGAUAUGGAGAUGGUUUGUUUAUCUAUGUGUAGAAAAAAAUAAUCAACAGCUAUCCAGCUAUAAACAGCGCAACAGCGGCAAUAAAUAAAUGUAAUAAUUUCAGGAUUAUUAAUACAAUUAGUAAUUUGUGAUAGGCAUAAAAAUUAAUGAUUACUAUAAUUUUAUUCUCAAUGUACAAUAAUAUUAACAUUAUUAUUCAUUAAGUGGAUUCCGUUUACUCUAUUGAUUUAAUAUUAUUCUCAAAAAUAUAGAAAUAUUGAAGUUGCAUACAAUUCCUGGCGUUUGAAAUAUCUUAAAUAAUGUAUCAUCCUCAAUCGUUAAAAAAUGGCUAUAUACGCAAAAUAUUAGGAAAUAAUAUGGCAUUCUCAUGAAUUUAACCAUAAUGCACUUUGCAAAUCAUGUUCAAUCUUUUAAUAUAUUCGCUUAUGUAGUUAUAUUACAAUAGCUUCAAAUUUUGUUGUAAGCUUUAAUGAACUGAGUUAAAUUCGUCCUUUAUAAUACUAGUUCUUCUAGAAAAUCAUAGAAGCUCUCGUAAGUCAUUGCAUAAUUGAUCUCACACAUUAUUAAUGACUACAACAAUCAACCUAUCCAUGGUGAAAGUACGAAGCUAAUGCAAAAUUAAGUUCUUCACAUUCAAGAAAGAUUUUGCAAAUAAAUAUUUGAAUAUUUUUCUAUUUCAAAUUUAAUUGUAAUUUUAAAAUUUUAGAUAUUCAUAUUAAUAUUUUUUAAAACCUUAACCGCCAUGCCCAAGUUAUAAAAUUUCAAUAACGGGCUGAGUUCAUUAAUGACGUGUAUAUGAAAUUUCAAAGAUUUUUCAAAAUUCUAAGAAUUACCGAAAAUAUACGAAUAUAUUUUAUGACGGGUUAAUGGACAGCGGUGGUCAUGGUACGAUUCAAAUGCCAUCACUGGAGUGUUGGUCCCGUCGUGACUUUAGUCCACGAUAUAUUUAACAGAGCAACUAGUAGUAGAUAUAGAAGAAGAACAAAGCUAGAACCAAAAAUGAUUUUAGAUUAUAAUAAAGGUAAAGUAAUUGAUAAUAUUCCUGAUAACACAGGUGCCUACGGCAAACUUUUACGUAAAUGAUUAAAGUGGUACUAGCUUUUGUAUUACUACUUACAACUGCAAUAGAAAUAGGAGGAAGGCAGAUCAGAAUCAAACAAAAAAAUUCACGUUUUGUGUUGGGUAUGUAGGAGAACCACCAAUGUGUCUGGACUGUUUCAGCUUAAAAUACACUUAGUUUUCAGCUUUAUUUGUAUUCACAAAAUGAAAAAAUAAACACUUAUUAUACAACAUACAUUUUAUUUUGUCCCAGGAAUUUCAUAUUUAUGUAAAAAUAAAUUUUGCAGUCCAAAUAAAAAUUGGUAAUUCCUCUGGACCAUGAUACACAUGAUAACCAUGGUUCAACGGUCCACGCAAGUUCCAAUUUCAAAAGGCAACGUCAAGGCGCUUAAUGUGUUGAAUGAGGAUGGAGAUUCAAUUUUUAAUACUUCAAUCCAAUUAUCUACAACUAAUCAAACUAAACUAUAUUCACCAGAAGAUGUCAUUCCGAUCCAAUCACAUUAUCAAAUACCUCGAGUUCUAUUCCAAUUUCUAUUUGUUAAUUUGCUUCUUUAUUUGCAACUAUUUAAGCCUUUAUAUUUUUCUUAUUAUUAUUACUUCAAUUAAUCCAUCAAAGCUUCAAUCUUAAUAUUCUAUUAUGUAGUAUAUUUGUCUCUCCAAAUUUUUUCUUCUCAUGUUCGUUAAUGUAUUAUUUGCUUCUCGUAGUAAAUACAAUAGUCGAAUUAUUUUUAUUGAUCAAUUAAGGUCACAACUUAUUACAGGGGCCACACUAUGGUGAGUUUACAAAUAAAAACGUGUAGUUCGGUGUGCAAUUAUGAAAUCUUUUGCUUUUAUUGUGGUUUAUUCUUCAAUAUAGCUUCCAAGAAGUCUAGUCAGAAUAUAAUAUAUCAAAAAAAUACAUCUCAAAGUCCUAUGAUCAGGCUCCUCGUCGACUAACGUAACAUUAAGCAGUGUUAACUUGAGGAAAUUACUAGGGAUGAGUCAGAAAGUACCUUUGAAAUACAUUUUUCACCGGAAUCUUUUAUU